AUGUCGGUGUUUGGAAAGCGUGGAGCUUUUGAGCUUCGAAAUCUGGCCGUUCCGGGUCACAAGCUUUCCACAUGCGCAUUGCGCCCUUUCUCCGUUCUCAACCGCCCGCCGCCAAACUAUCCCGGCCAUGUCCCAUUAACAACCAUUGAGCGAGGUGCGCUGGCCGUGGGCUCAGCAAUUGGGUCUCUGAUCAAUCCUCGCAGAGCAGAUCUAAUCGCAGCUCUCGGCGAAGCAACUGCUACUCCGUACUUCAUCUACCGUCUCAGAAAUGCCAUGCUUUCUGACCCAACAGGCCGCCGCAUCCUACGCGACCGUCCCCGCAUCACCUCCGACACUCUCCAACUUUCCUACCUCCGCACCCUUCCCGAGAACUCCGUUGGCCGAACAUACGCCACAUGGCUUGAUCGCGAAGGUGUGUCACCAGACACUCGGGAUCAAGUCCACUACAUAGAUGAUGAAGAAUGCGCCUACGUUAUGCAGCGGUACCGGGAGUGUCACGACUUUUACCACGCGGUGACAGGACUUCCCAUUUUUGUAGAGGGUGAACUGGCGUUGAAGGCGCUGGAGUUCUUGAACACACUCCUGCCAAUGACGGGCUUGAGUCUGUUCGCGUUUGUGAAAAUGAAGCCUGCCGAGAAAGAGCGCUUCCUGUCACUGCAUUUGCCGUGGGCCGUGCGAAGUGGACUUGGAAGCAAGGAGUUGAUUAAUGUAUACUGGGAGGAAGUAUUGGAGAAGGAUGUUGAUGAACUGAGGGCGGAACUGAAUAUUGAGCGCCCACCUGAUCUCAGGGAUAUUCGGAAGAUGAUUCGACAGCAGCAGAAACGGGAGAAGGAGAAGCUGAAGCAACAGCAGAUGUCGGGCUGA